ACGUGAGAUUGAGGACCUGAAGCUGCAGUACACCCGCACCCUGCAGGCUGUCCGGGAGGACCUGGAUGUCAGGCACCAGAACGCCUUCGAUCUGAUGCAGCAGAAACUCAACUUUGUGCAUGAAGAGGAAUUAAAACAGGCGGCAAUGGAGGCAGAGGAGAAAUUACAGCAGAGCCUGGAAGCACAGCAGGUACAGCUUGAACAGCUCCAUACAGGGCAGCUGGAGAUCCUGUCAGCUGAGGCCAGGCACGAGAAGGCACAGCUGCUGGCCAGUCUGGAGGCCAGCCUAGUCCAGGCACACCAGCUGGAGCUGGAACAGCAGGCACAGCAGCUGGAGGCCAAGUGGACAGCACAAGUACAGCAGCUGGAGACAGAGCACCAGCAAGAACUACAGGAGCACAAGGUUUCAACAGAGGAGACCUCAAAGCAGCUCCUUGAAAGACUGAAGACCCAGCUGACAUCAGAACAUCAGGCCAGCAUUCAGAAAGCAACAGAAGAGUUGGACAGGAUUGCGUUGGACAAGCUGGCCUCCCUCCGACAGGAGAUGGAAGAGAGGCACCAGGAGGAGUUAAGGGCCAAGGAGAGUGACACUCUUCAGGAAAAGGAGAAACUUCAGCAGGCGAAGGAUGAACAUCAGUCAGCUCUGGAAGGGGUGCUGAGGCAGCAGGAGAUGCUGCUGGAACAAACAGAAGUGAUGAGGAAGCAGUUGGAGCUCCAGCACCAACAGGACCUGAUGAAGCUCCACGCAGACAUCCAGACGGAGUACGCUGAGCUGGUGCAGGUCAGGGCAGAGCUGCUGCAGUGGCAGGAACAGAUCACACAACAGCACACCCAGGACAUCCACAACCUCAACACAGACCACCAGGCAGAGCUCACCAAACUACAGAAGGACUCCAACAACCUGGAGGCAAAGCUGCACCAGACACACCUGGAGGAGAUGGAACAGAUGAGGGCGUACUUUGAGAAAAGGUGUCGCGAACAGGAGGAAGACUUCGCCAUGGAGAUCGCAAAGGUUAAAAAGCACUAUGAAGAAACAGUUGAGGUACAUGUAGAUGUAGAGGAGGAGAAUGCUUACAGGAUGCCCACGUCUGCCUACACUCUGACAUCCACAUUGUUGUCUGAUGACAGUUCCCCGUGUCCCUCCCCUACCUCCCCACUCCAGCCUGAAGUAGACCUAGAACGGUACAGGAAGGAACUUGAGGAACAGUUGGAAGAGCACUACAAUGAUCUAAUGGAGAGGACACGUUCGGACAUGGCGACAACACACCAGCAAGAAAUGACAAGACUGCAGACAGAACUGGAGACGAAGACAGAAACAGACUUGGAGAAUUUGAGAAUUCAGCUAGCCGACAAGUAUCAGAAGGAUGUCGAGAAGCUCCAGGAAGCACAUUUAAAGGAAAUGGAGGAAAUUCAAGAGAGAUUGUCAGAAGAACACAGGCAGGAGACGGUUCGACUGAGGAUGGAUUGUGCUUUAGAAGCUGCCAAACAGUCUGAGCAGGACAUGGAGGAAUUACGUAAGGAGCUUGAAACAAAACAUCAAGAGGCUCAAGAAAGCCUUGAACAAAAUCUGGAGGAAAAAUACACAGCUAAAAUAAAGUCACAGCAGGCAGCUUUUGCAGAAGAGCUGGCCAAAGAUCGAGAGAUUGGACUCCAGCAGCAGCAAAGUGAACAUGAAGAGGCACUGGUCAAAGCUCAGAAACACAUCGAAGACGAAAUAGUCAGAAUCAACAUGGAGAAAGAUGCAGAAUUGGAAGUCUGGAAAGCCAAACUCCAGAAGAAUGUUGAACGAUUGGAACAGGAGAAAGAAGUAUUGCUAGAGGAGAAGGAGAAAUCUGCUCAGCAAGUCAGGGAGGUGGAAGAACUGUACAGAAACAAACAUGAGCAGGUUUUGGCCGAGGCUGUUGUCAGACACAGUAUUGAGGUGGCGGACCUGAGAACUCAGCUGGAAGAUGCUCAGCAAAAACUGAAGGAUGAAACUGAUGCUCUGGCCCUUCUUAAACAGCAACACCAAAAACAAAUUUCUGAUAUAAAGAAAACAUUGCUGGAAGAAUUUGAUGUUUUGACAGCAGAAAUGAAAAAGCAACACCAGGAUAACAUAGAUGGUUUGACAGAAAAACACCAAAUAGAGCUCACAAGGCUUCAAGAAGACCAAGAGCAAGCCUUGGCACAUCUAAAGGAGAUGCAGGAAAAGGAAAUCACAAAGAUUAAAAUGCAACAUGAGGCUCAUUUAGAGAACUUGAAAUCAAGUGUUUCAGAAGAAACUGUGUCACAGCACAUGCUCAACUUAGACAAAAUUACAAGAGAAAUGGAAGACAAUCACAAACUGGAGAUGGAUAAAAUGAACACGCAGCUAAAAGAACAACACUCUGCUGAGAUUGCACUGUUGGAAGCACAAAUCAAGGAAAGAGAUGUCGACCAACAGAGGGCGAUAACAGACCUCCAAACCAUGCACCAAGCAGAACUGUCUGCCCUGAAACAGGAUCAUCUAGCCAAUGUGACCUCAGAAGUAGCCAAGGUUAGAGAGGAGCUAGAUGAAGCAUAUAGACAGCAAUUGGAGACUGCCCAGCUUGACUGGGAACAGAGUUCUGAAGAAAAGACUCAAGAACUUCAACAGGAAUUGAAAGAACUGGCCCAGUCUCACGAGAAGGAGUUAGAUGACAUAAAACAGAGAUAUGAAGAUGACAUGAGAAACCAGCUGGAGACACUAGGAGAGGAGGCUGAGAAACAAAAGGAACACAAGAUAGCUAAGUUGAGAGGAAUCCUGCAGAAAGACAUGGAAGCCCUGAAGAUAGAACUCAAAACAGCCGAGGAGCAUCACGAGGAAGACAAAGCUCGCAUCAAGUCUCACUUCCAGCAGGAACUGGACAAGAUGCGUGACGAGCUGGGCAAGAAGACUUCAGAAAACCAAACCCUUGUUGGCCAGCUGGAGUCCAUGACACAGAAGUGCACAGAGCUGGAGGAAGGGCUACAGAAAGCAAUGGAUGAGAAAGCUGCCUUGGAGGAUGCCGCAGAGAGAGGGAAAGAAGAGAGUGAAAGGGAGUCAGAGGAAAGGUUGAAAGAAAUGCUGGAGAAAGCUGACAAGGAGAAGGACAGAUUGCAAACUGAAGUUGAAGAAGAGCAGAGGAGGAGACAGGAGCUGAGACAGGAGUUCGACGCUGCUGUGGGUGAUUUCUCCGCAGAGUUGGAGGACUUGAAAGCUGAGAAGGAAGCUCAGAAACAGAACCUUCAGGAGCAGGAGGCAUUGAUUGCACAGGUGCAAGAGGAAAAAAGUAAGAUAGAGAGGCGGUUAGAAGAUCAGAUUGCGAGGUACGAGAUGACCAUGAAUCGUCGGGAAAGAGAGAAUGAAGAGGGAGAGAACCUGCUGAAGAUGCUGAGAUCUGACCUGGACAGGCUGCAGGAGGAGAGGGAUGCAGUCCAGAAGGCAAAUGACCAUCUUCUGAAGACGCUGUCUGAUGUGACACAGACUAACAUCUCGCUAGAGGAGAGAGUUAGUGAGCAUCUGGAGAGACUUGCCAGGGACCGACAGGGUGCAGCUGGGGACCAACCAUCUCACAGCAGUCAAGGUGGAGACAGACCAGACCUGAGCCAGACUAGUGACCAUGUAACGGACCUGUCCUCCAUGACUGAUGAGGGACUGGACAUCUCCCAACAGCUGGCUGACAGCAUGUUUGUGGGACCAGACCUGGACCAGGAGGGAGAGAUGACAGUACACAACGCUGCCAGUAGUCUACAGGAGGCUGUCACUAGACUACUGGACCUGUUACAGCUGACAAAACAACAGCUGAAUGAGUCCAGAACCGCCCAUGCCGACAUAAUGAAUGCCUCAGAACAGACCCGGGUGAGAACACAGCAGAUGCUAGUUGACAGUCAGCAGCUGCAGGAACAGCUGCAGGCUGAGGUGGAAUCCAGGCAGGUGCUACAGCUGGAGUUGGACCAGGCAAAAGGGCUGUCUGAAGGGCUUAAAACAGACAAUCAAACAUUACAAGAGCAGCUGGACAUCAAAGAGCAGCAGCAGACAGAGAUGGCACAGGAGAUCGAGGGAAUGAGAGAACAACUGCAGGAGAUGGAGACGGAGAGACAGACUCUGCAGGAGGAGCAGGAUCUACUGGAGAGACAGAAGAUGGUCCUGUCUGAGAAGGCUUCCAGUGGGGAGCUGGGUACGUGGUUUCUCAACAUACUAUUAGAUGUUCUACAAAUGGAAAGUUUCCUCCAAGAGAUUGAGAGUCUGAAGCAGGAGAAACAGCAGCUGGAGGAACAGCUGCAUGCGGAGAGACAGCGGUGGGAGCUGCAGCUGCACAGCCUGGAGACAGCACUGGAGGACCAGAACAGGAAGACCCAGGAGCUGCAGGACAGCUCUGCUGGACAGGUGGAGGAGCUGAGGAAACAGGUCACUGCACUGGACAAACAGAUCAAGUCUAACAAGCAGUUCAUGGAGGUGCAAGCCCACGAGCGUGAACAGGAAAGAGAAGACUUCCAGAAGGAGAUAGCAGAACUCCAGACUGAGUUACAAACUAAAGGUGUGGUACGGAAUGUAGAGGAGCGCCUGACUACAGAGGUGCAGCAGCUGGAGGAACAGCUGCAGGACAAGACAGAUGCACAGAGUCAGAGUCUGCUGAAAAUAGAGCAGCUUGAGAGAGAACUCCAGGUCCAAGUGGAAACAAACAGCACCAUGGAACAGCAGGUCAAAGACAUGGAGAAAAAACUGGAGCAGCAGCUACAGGUGGAGGCACAGCUGAACACGCACCUGCAGCAGCUGAAAAAGGAGCAGGAGAGGACCCGGCUGGCAUCUGAGGAGAUUUCUCAGGCAAGAAAUAGAGAAGAACUCUUCAUAUGA